AUGAAGGAGAAAAACGCUCUGGGCUUCGCCCUGGAGGACAAAAGCCUUGCUGAGGGCUCUGCGGAGGGGGAAUGCUGUGGGAGCUGCUCACCUCCUCCUGUACCCCCUCUUGUGUCACCUGUGCUCACAGUGGAGGAGCCAGGCUUCACCAGUGUGGAGCUGUGCCAAGAUGGAGAAGACAUCUGCCUGAAUGCAAGCGAUGGAGAGAUGGAGGAGAUGAGCAGUCAAGACCCAAACUGUGAAGACAUGCAAAGGAAGGACCAAAGACUGCCAUUCCAGAUCUUCCCUGACCCUGUUGAGGUUGUCCUGGGCCCAGAGACCACCUUGAACAGCCUGGACCACAACCAUGAGAAGGAGCGUCUACCCUCCAUCGUUGUUGAACCCACAGAGGUGAGCGAGGUGGAGAGCGGAGAGCUGCGCUGGCCUCCAGAGAACAUAGACAUGGAGGAAGAUGAGGAGGACCUGUUCUUGGAGCAGUGCAUUCCCCCAGCCAACAUCGCAGACUGGGGAGAAGAGGAAGAGGAAGAGGAGACAUCAGUUAUACUGAACCAACAGCAAGGCUUGACACUCAUUGACCUUCAGUCGGAUGCUUUUAGAGAUGAUACCCCCACGCUUCCACCAAGCAGCGCUCCAGCCCUCAACUGACUUGACCUCCAAGAACCCAGCCCCUCUGAUGAACCUGUGAGGAAACGUGCCGACAUUAAGUAUGGCAACAACUAUGACAAAACAUAGCAACCGGGAGUUUUACAGUUACAGAUGAUGCAAAAUGUGAACUGAAGGCCAAUGUUGAUGAAGAGGAGAUAACACAAGUAUCAAAUUAGGUGUCGAACACUGAUAAACAGCUACACACCAACUGUGACAUUUAUAUUGGUGCGUACAAGAAGCGCCAUGUACAGAAAUAAACAAACACACAUUCUCAGUCAGCUUGCUGACACUGGUGACAGAGUUUUAAGCAACAUGGUGUCUUUGCUGUUUUUUUAAUUGUUAGGGAAAAUUUUGCUGACAUUGUGACUUUGUGUUUCAUUUCCCUUGUUUCAUAAUUUUUAAGGGCUCAUUGAAUGUUAUAGGGCUAAAAGAGAACAUCCUGCCGUGGCAACAUAUCUUUAGGUUUUUCUUUGUUCAUUUUCUUUACUUCAUCUCUGUCUCGGAUACAGAUAACAGCCUGUACCUUAAUAAACAUCUUUCUCGUAGAUCAUCAUUUUGAACCCACAGGUGGCUUUUGAGGACAUUUUCCUGGUUAUAACUUCAGUAUAUACAGUAUUUCUUAAAACACUGUAGAUUGCGUUGGCUGUUGUCUCUGGAUCGACUUGCCGUUCUGCUCUAUGCUGACUCCGUGGAGCACUGUAAGAUGUGAUCUUUUUAUAAACUUUAUAAACCCCACAGACGACAUCCAGUGAUUAUUUUAUUUUAACUAAAUUUCCCUAAUGAGUCAGUCAUACCUCAAAGAUGUUGCAUUAUGUGAGUGACUAAUGUUGUGAUCUUUAAAUCAGCAUUUUCCAAAGUUACAGCAGUCCAUGGUCAGAAGCAUUUUGCUCCUUCUGUUUGUUGGACAGGAUUGGACAUUCAGUUUGUUAUCAUGCAUGUUGAACUCAAAAAAGUGGGCAGCUCUAGUUGCUUUUCAUGACACCAGCUAUAGGUGCAAUUGAGAACAUCAGGUGUGUAAUAAAACUAAUUUAUGUGUAGGCUGAUUUGUGAAUAACUUGUAUAUAUGGUAAAAUUGUUGUGUUACUGUUAAAUGAUUAUUAUGAAUUUGACAAUAAAGUAUUUUGUCCCAUUAA